GAAGCGGAUCCUGGAAUGAGUCAUGCUACAGUAUCAGUUCCUGUAAGCAACACCACAUUGCAGCACCUCACAGACUGCGGGAUUGUGACUGAGCAGUAAAACAAAUAGCGGGUUCUGCCUCUCCCAGUCUACAGCACUGCCUUCUCCUGAUCAGUACCUUUAAAGCGCAAGAGAGCAGCGUAACAGCAGCUAUUAGACAGUGAUGCACACCAUAUUAAAAAAUAUGUUUUAGACAUGAAGGACCGUCUUACUGUCUACUGGUAAGGGACACUGUUAUGUGAAAGUGAUACCGGUAGAUUAAAAUAACAACAAAUGGUUUCUUUUUGGUCGGUACAGAACAAGCAAACCUGGCUUUGAAAGACCAACUGCAGUUGAAAACCAGCUGUCCUUAAAGGCCAGUUGACUUGUGAACAGAUUCUGCCAUUUGCUUUCAUGCAAACCUGUUGCACCAGACCAGCUGUUUAUAGGUGACCGCUUUCAUCCACCAGACUCCAGGGUGGUCCUCGUGACAGGUUUACUCUGUGGGGGGGUGUGAGGGGCUGGUGCACCAGAAACAGACAACUGCACGACCCUGGAACACCUGCAGCACGUAAAGCAAUGCACCAGAAGCUGUGAAAGCACCUCCUUCCCCAGCUGAAGCAGGAACUGUAUUACAAAGGUAUACAGUCUAUGGAUAUAGAUAAACAUAUCUAAAUGAAACAUUUCCUGCUCUAACUUCACUCACAGCGUACGUGUGAGUCACGGCCACUAGACACAGAUUCAGCAGGAGGUUGUUUGGUCUGCCAGUGAGAGCUGAGGACUAAUCAGAGGAUUGAAUUGUGUGAAGCAGGAAAGGGAUGGGAGUUGCAUAUCAUGUAACCUUGCAGUUUCUCUGUCACAUAUGAAUGUGGAGAACAACGGGGAACAGCCACGCUGGAAAUGAGAGGACACAUCUCCCCAGGAGACAUGCUGGGAAAGUCGGAUGCCCCAAAGAGAUUCAUGAAGGGUUAAAUUCUGCCAAGGCGAGGCAGAGAUUUCUCCCAUUGUCUCCUUUGAGUGGUGAGGGAGCGUUGAAGAGAGUGAGCAAUCUGUGUCAGGAGCCAGCCCCGUCUGUGCAGGACAUGUGCUGAAUAAACCCAUUGAAGUUCACUCAGGACCCCCCUCUCCCCUCCUUCUCCUCUCCUCUCAUUCCACAGCCUCUCCACAGUCUCAUACUACAAGGAAUCUCACAGGCAUCUCCCAUGGCAUUUGGCAGAGGCAGGCCAAGCAAGGAUGCCUGCCAGGGGAUCCAAGCUUUGCCUGUGUGAAGGAAGGAAAAAAGAAAACAAGAGAGAGAGCUGAAAAGAAGAGGAGGAAGAGAAAACAUAAUCAAUCAAGGAUUCAGAAGGUCAGCAGUCUGGAGUCAAGUCCUAUUCAUGGUUCAAUAUAGCAGGGAAAUAGAAACACGAUUUCUAAACACGUGGAACGUGCUGUAACUUUUUGUUCUGUUUUUUUUAUAAAUAUAUAUAUAUAUAUAUAUAUAUAUAUAUAUAAACAGUCCAGAGGAUGGUGAGUGCUGUAUUUAUUUAGAGAAACAGUGUUGAAACUCAGGAACCUCUUAAGGCAAUCUCCACCUAUUUUUUUGGUCUCCUUUUGAUCUAAAGACCUUUCUGAAUUAUUUAGCAAGGUGAUAUGAAACUAACAGCAAGGCACUCCUAGAUGAACCUGCUGAAUGGACUGGAUUCUGUGGGUGUUUGAAUUAAUCAGGCCUGCUGGUUUUCAUUUUUUAAUUUUUAUUUCCGAUGGCACACAGAUGAAGUCUUUCUCUUCCUUCUGCACGCCUGAAUGAUUCUCAAUCAAGAGUGCCUCUUUCGCUGUUUAGUGUGAAAACGACACAUUGAUGGCUCAAGUCAAAGACAUCUGAAAUGCUGAUAGACCUUUUAUUUUUGGAAUAGUUGGGAUACAGACAUGGAGCUGCUGUACACAAGGCAGCGAGACACUUGGAAUGGCUUAGAAUUAGACGGGAAAUCAGAUGCAUUUUGAAAAUGCAUGGGAAUUCUGACAUUCCUGAUUAGGAGCACACAUGCAGUAGAAACACAUCUCCAAAUCAUCUGAAUAUUUAAACAAGAUCAAGACAUAUCCAACACAACAGGAUUGCUCUUCGGCGGCGGUCGAGGAAACCGUGACAGAUUGUGAAUAUUGUCGAGGUGCUGAAGAAUCACAGGGUGCCCUCGCCCCGGGUGAAGGUGGGAUUCUGAAGAUUGUUGUUUGAUUGUUGACGUCUCACCUUUCAAGGCCCUUAGAUCAGCAGACAUUUUGUUCCAGUUGAUCCCGAGUCAACACAGCUGUCCACUAGCUCACACGUGUCCUUCCAGCAAGCAACUUUGCAGGACUGUGUCGUCGUUGUAAGAUGUCUGAACUGGCUGAUCUCUCUCCACCGCGGACCCCGGCGGACCCGCAGCGGAUCCAGAGGAACAUCCUGGAGGAACAGGUGGAGCUGUGGUGGUUCCAGGACCCCAAGAGGUCCAUCCUGUGCUACUGCGCCUCGGUGCUCCUGAUCUUGGGCUGCGGGCUGGGCGGGGUGGGGCUGCUCUCCACCAGCAGCAGCCUGUCCAGCGAGUGGCGGCUGGGCGUGGGCAUGGCGCUGUGCCUCCUGGCCCUGGCUGUGCUCCUCAAGCAGCUGCUGAGCUCCGCCAUCCAGGACAUGAACUGCGUGCGCAGCCGGCAGCGCAUCGAGAUGCUCCGGAGCGGCGGCGUCUCCGACCACCUCGUCAUCCUGGCCACCGGGCUGGUCCUGCUGCUCUGCGGGGCGGUCCUGCUCAUCCUGUCCGACUCCAGCGGGCUGCCCAAGCCAGGCUCCAUCCUCAACGAGAUGUUCAUUUCUGGGGCUGUGCUGGCAGCCGCUGGGGCGGUGACCGUGUUCUCUCUGUUUGUCUACGUUGUCGUCACCAGGCUUCGGAACCGCGCGGCCGGAGGGCAGAGAUUCUUGAACGCCGGCCUUGGAAUUUUCACCGUCUCUGGAAGGAUGGCAGAGAACGCGAGGGAGACCACCUCCAGCAUGGCCAACUUGAUUUAACUCUUCUGAAAGUCUGAUGCAGCAGAGGUCCUAGUAAAGGAUUUGGUGACUCCGUUAUUCCUAGCAGUGAUGAUGACAUUGUCUGAGUUCCGUGUUCCUGCCGCGUUUCUGCUCAGUGAGAUAUGUGGCUUUGCCGAUGGCCAUCUUGAGAAGGUCUGGAGUGUGCUGAAGUCGUAACUGCAAAGGGACUUGUGUACUUGAUAUAAACAUCAACUGCCACAGAGAUAUCUACGAAGAGGUCUCUGUUAUCCUGAAGAUGUGAAAUUAUUUGUUCACUUUACAAUACUAUUUAUGUAUGAAUUGAGAUUGAAUCAUAUUAUUAGAUAAACAAUUUUGGAAAAGUACUUGUAAGACAAGAAUACUGUGCAACACACCGUACUUGUGUACGUGUCCGUCUGUCUAUAUUAAUAACACAGCAAUCUCAAUCUCUCUCUCUCUCUCUCUCUCUCUCUCUCUCUCUCUCUCUCUCUCUCUCUCUCUCAAACACACUGUUGUGAUGAAAUAUUUGACAUAGUUCAAAACCAAGCAACAAUCUGCAAUCUUUCCUGAGUCUUGCACAUCAUGUUUUUUGUACUGAUUACAGAGGCAUGCAUUUUGUCAAUGAUGUUUAUGAAAAGUGCAAUAAUUAGAAGUAGAGUUUUUGUAAUUUCUUGAGACACUUUUAAUAAAUAAUAUAUUGGAAUUUGAGUUUGUCAGCCAGCGAGGACACUUCUCUCUUCAAUUCUUAACUGUGAUGCAAACCGGGCGCGACAGUUUCAUUCAUACAGCAGUGUGCAGAUGCAUGAGAACAAACACCCCUAUUGCUUCUGUAGUUUGGAUUUGUUGUGCAUGUGAAACCAAACCAUUACAACUGAAAAUUGUCAAAUUAGUGAUUGUCUAAUUUAAUUGAUGUCUUUAUUAGGCCACACAUGCAAUUCAUUUAAAAUAGUAAGAGAACAGGAACACGUAGCCACACAUGGUGAAAUGCAGGAGACUUUUUAGAAGUUGUUCAAGAUGCCUAAUUAAAGCAGAAAGAGGUCUAACAUUUUCACACACAAGUGGCUAUUGUUUCUAUAUCAGUGAUUACACUGAGCAGAAAUGUAAAUUCUCACACCCAGAGGUUUUCUUGCAGGUAGCUAUAUAAAGGAUUUAAUCUUGAGUUGUUCUCAUGUAUUUGACUGUUUAAUGUAACACUAGUUAAUUCAUGAAAGCAAGUGAGUCACAGCCUAGUGAAUAUACUGUAGAGACCAAUGUUUCCACAGAACCGGGAAGUAAUGCUGUACGGUUUAUAUCCUUGAGGCAGAAAGCCAGAGUUCACAGAUCUUGAUUAAUUGUGUCCUGGUAAAAGAUCCAAGAGUGUUGGCUGUAUGCUUACCACACAGACCUCCUUUAAAGUGGGGCUGCCCCAUGUUCAUGAUACAGGAAAUCUAGGAGUGUUGAUCACCAUUUCCUGAUUCCCAUUCCUAGCGGAAGCUGAAUACAGAUACAUUUAAAUGAAUGAGAUGUCACACGCCCUUUCUUAUUUAUAUAGACACAAAUAUAUUAAACCCCAAUUGUAAUGCUCUGAAGAGUGGUGGUCCUCUGCGGUUUAGUUGAAUUGAUUGCGCUGCUGUUCAGCACUGAUUAAUGAACACAAGGUAAUCGCUACGUACAUGAUUUCCCAACGUGAAUCUUUCAUAUUGUAAUGCAAAAAAUGGUAAUGCAGAUUUCGAUACAUGGGAUGGGAUUUGUUUUUGCAUUGUUGCAAUGCUGCUAAUAAAAUGAACAGGGCAUGAUUCAAUUGUAUGUAUCCCUGGCAUUUUAGCAGGUCAGAAUCUCUGUUUUGCAAAGUGAUGAAAAUGUGAUGCCCCCUUGUACAUUACAAAUGUGAUAUUUCUAGUGUUCAAGUGUUUUUGAUAUGGUGCAAGUAAAGAUUUGAGCUUUGCCGUA